AUGAGGAGAGCAAUAAUAAGCAGGGUAGCAGAUUCUCGACAUUAUUGCAGCAACUGGUGGUUACUAAUUGCGUUGGCGGUGUUUAUUGCGACGGCGGAGUGGAGGGGCAGCAACGGCUGUUUGGAGCACGAAAGACUUGCUCUCGUGGACAUUCUGGCCUUCUUCCAUGAUCAAGAAGUUGGGCUUGAUCCCAAAAACAGGGACGGUGACUGUUGUGGUUGGGAAGGAGUUAGAUGUAGCAACACAACAACAGGGAACGUGAUUGAGCUCGAUAUUUUUCGUUUUGUGACAACCACGACGUCGGGAGGGUACCUAAAUGCAUCUUUGUUUCUGCCUCUUCAAGGAUUGAGACACCUUUCCUUGACGAGCGCGGGAUUGGUUGGUUGCAUGAAGGAUGAAGGGUUCGAGAAGUUAUCGGAACUUGUUUACCUGCAAGGGUUGGAGUUAAGCUACAACCGUCUGAGUAACGAUGUACUGCCGUCUUUAAGCGGACUCUCGUCGUUGAACUAUCUGUCUCUCCGUAACAAUAGCCUCAAAGGGGUCAUUGACAUUAAUGGGUCCGAGAAGUUGCCAAAACUUGUUAAUCUAGAAGAUCUGGAUUUAAGAGAAAAUGAGUUAAGUAACGAUGUACUGCCAUUUCUUAGCACACUUCCAUCGCUGAAGUAUGUGUAUCUUGAUAACAAUAGGCUAAAUGGAGUCAUUGACAUGGAUGCUUUUCAGAAUUUUCCUAGGCUCCAACUUUUAGAUCUGUCAAAUAAUAAUUUUUCUGGAAGUCUGCCAUCGGGUUUCAUUACUCCGCGGAUGACAGAAGUUUAUUUGUCGAGAAAUCAUCUGGGAGGAACUUUCACUGACCAACACAAUGACAACAUUGGUGGAAUAUUUCCUAAAUUUUUAUACUACCAACAUGAGUUGGAAAUGAUUGAUAUCUCGAAUAUCAAAUUGGAGGGAGCUGGAUUUCCAUCGUGGUUGUUAGUUAACAACACCAGCUUACGUGAUCUCACCCUCAUCAACUGUUCACUUUCGGGGUCUUUCCAAUUUCCUAUUUAUCAGCAUCCCGUUGAGGAUCUUGACGGUCUAGAUAUCUCCAAUAACAACCUGUAUAGCCCCAUCCCAUCUCAUAUUUGUGCCUUAGAAAGCUUAUCUUUGUCAGAGAAUCGACUCCUUGGAAGAAUACCUGAACAUUUAUCAAAUUGUUCUAUGUUAUUUUCACUGGAUGCUAGCAACAAUCAUCUUUCUGGUAAAAUUCCAAGAUGGAUUUGGAAAUUUCCUCAUCUCCAAGUUUUAGAUCUUUCAAGGAACAAAUUUUCCGGAAGUCUACCAUUAGGUUUCAUCACUUCACAGAUAAGAGAAGUUUAUUUGUCAAGAAAUCUACUGGGAGGGACUUUAACAAAGGGAGAUGGUGCUCAUAAUGACUAUUCAAGCUACCCACUGAAUGUUUUGGAUCUUAGCCACAAUCAAAUCAAGGGUACAAUCCCGAGAUGGAUUUCCAUACUUCCUAGAUUGAACUAUCUAUUAUUGAACAACAACGAGUUCUAUGGUGAAAUCCCUAUACCUUUUACCUUGGAACAAGUGAAGACAAAUUUGUAUACUUACAAAGGGAAGCCUCUCGAUUCGUUGUCUGGCUUUGAUUUCUCAAACAACAACUUCAGUGGUGAGAUCCCUCCUCAAAUCAGCUAUAAGGAUGACAUGAAAUUUCUCAACUUGUCGAACAACCAGCUGAAAGGAUCAAUUCCACCUUCGUUUUCAAGGCUGUUGCAAAUUGAGAGUUUGGAUCUCUCACACAACAAUUUGAGUGGAACAAUUCCUUCCGAACUCGCGGCUCUGACUUUUCUAGGAUCUUUUAGUGUGGCAUACAAUAAUCUAUCUGGCAAGUGCCCGCAGGCUGCACAGUUUGCUACAUUCAAGGAUAGUAGCUAUGAGGGGAAUCCUUAUCUCUGUUGCACCUUUCCGCUGCCGCCUUCUGGACCAUUAUUGACGCCACCAGCUUCUUACGGAAGCUUCAUUGACAUGGAAAGUUUCUACGCAAGCAGUGGAGUGUCCUUCGUUAUGGUGCUGCUGAUUAUUGCGAGUGUUCUCUACAUAAAUCCAUAUUGGCGAGGAGUAUGGUUUUACUUACGUCAGGAUCACCAUCACUAG